GGUUUCUCAAGGAACAUCCUAUAAAGAAAAAUUACAUAAAUUCAAAAUUUUGAAGUAUGUAAAUGCUCGCGGAUUGUGAACUCGCGAAGCUGGCCUUAGCUUUCAAAAGACUUCCUUGCUUGUUAUCGGUCUGCUACCGAAGACUAUCUCAGCUUACUUUCUAAGUUCUUGUCGCUUGCUUGAAUCCUUGAGAUGGCGGCCCUCUUGAGUCCCCAAGGACUCCGCCAACGAAAGGUUUCCAACGACGGGUCAGGAAAUCCAGCAGCAGCUCAAGAUGAGUGUGGCCAGCCAGAGAAGACACGCCAAGCACGUGAGGAGGUGGUUUGGGGACAGACGCCAGACGGCGAAGUGUUUAAGGUUCCCACCACGCACGAUGUACUUACCGGGCUUUUCCAUCCUCGCUAUCCAAAGAGUCAUCUAGACAUCAUCAAUCUUUCAUUGCUUGGAUUGCAACUUGUUCUGUUCUAUAUAUUGCCGCGUCCAGCGGUCAAGGUCUUCUUUCUGUUCUAUUUUGUGUUCUGGAGGGCAGCCUAUGAUGCUGGGUUGGGUUGGGUCCUCACGAAACAGAGUAAGAGAAAGUGGAUGGUUCGCGAAAUUCAACGACUUGGAUGGCUCGAUGAGAAGCGUAACCCGGCUGCUAGAAAUUGGAUUCGUGCUCAGCUACAAGGGAAAAUGGGAAAGGACUAUUCGUUUGAUGAGCUUCCAUUGGAAUACAACACAUGGCUGUUAUUUAGACAACUUGUAGACGUGAUCCUUCUCAAUGACUUCUUGGCGUACUGUAUGUUUGCCUUUGCGUGCUUUAGAGUGCCCGAAGGACUUUCCUUUCCCGUCCACGCCAUGAGAUGGAUUGGUGGUGUCGUGUUGAUCGUAUUCAACCUUUGGGUAAAAACCGAGGCGCACAAUGUUGUCAAGGAUUAUGGUUGGUACUGGGGUGACGUGUUUUUCCAGCGCGGCGCGCUUGUAUUUGACGGUGUCUUCGAGUUGGCUCCUCACCCAAUGUACUCCGUCGGUUACGCUGGAUACUACGGUCUUUCCCUGAUGGUCGGAAGCUAUCCUGUUCUUUAUGUCAGCCUGGCAGCUCAUGCAGCUCAAUUCGCAUUCUUGGUCCUUUUCGAAAACCCUCACAUCGAACGGAUGUAUGGAAAACGCAAGCCUAUCGCGCUGCGUAAGCCUGUGUUUGCGCCUGAAUGCAAGAAGAGUCAGAAAACGAACGGUUCCCGCACUCUCCUAUCAUCCACUGAGGACAAUACAGAUCAGUUGUCCACACCCGCUGCCACUGAAGGCGAGAGUGCCACGGAUACUGAGUCUGAUACGGAAUGCGAAAGCAAGACUUCGGGCAUCCGUCGGUCCUACCCCACGCAACCCAUAGUUUUGGAGAGCACUCUCUCUCAACAUGACCUGCAUCACAAGUAUUUCAGGCAAGACGUGGUUAUUUUUCACAACAUUGAUCUGCUCCGUUCUUCAGAUGCCAUGCUUGCCCUUCUAUUGGUCUAUGUCGUAGUGGGAUCGUCCCUGCCUGUGCUGUCGUAUAAUGCGGCGCUCGCGUUACACUUCGCACACGCUUGUGCCUGGUGCAGCUUCCACAGCUUUGGUCUUGGACUUCUCCUUCGUGCCCAGGGCAAAUCGAAAUUCCUCGUCCGACACUUCUUAAAGCACUACCACUAUCCGUCUUCUGAUCAUGGUGAGGGUGCAUUACAGGAAGCAUUUACCAACUGGAAGGCUUUGUGCAACCUUAGCUUGUGCAUGACGUAUACUUCACUGACGGGUUUGGCGUGGAAAGCAUAUACAGCGCCCGUUGCCUGGUUUGAGGGUGAUGCCCUUCUCUGCCACACUUUAGGAGCGCUCCUGAUCGCGCUCCAUGGAUGGGCAGCUAUGGAGGCGUUCGAAGUAUUGGGUGUUUUCGGUUGGUUCUACGGUGACUUUUUCAUGGAGGAUUUCCCAGCGCAUCUGGAGUACACUGGUAUCUUCAGGUAUCUUAAUAACCCCGAACUCAUGAGUGGUGCCUCCUUUCUGGGGCUCGCCCUAAUCAGCGGCAGCAAGCUUGUUGGCGUGCUUGUAGUCAUCAGGUUUGUGUCCCACUGGUGGUUCCUGCAGACCGUUGAAACUCCCCACAUGCGGAAAUUAUACGGUGACAGUCUUCGCAAAGAUGCCGGCUUUGUGAAAGUUAUCAAAAACGUCGCCAGCAAGAACGCUCGGCUUUUGGAGUCGCGUGCGGGCCGGCAUGGACCCGAGAUCAGGAGGGUUGCGAAAGAAGUCAAAGGCACUUUCGACAAGGUUUUUGAAGAAACUGCUGACGUGGUAGAAGAAUUCCUUGCCAAAUCGAGACCCAAGAUAUCGGAGGUGAUGCAGGAGACCAAGGUUCUUCUCCAACAAUCACGGGAAAAACUGGUUAUCACUCGCGUCGCCCGUGACCUAUCAUCGUAUGACACAACGAAAUACAAGAUCUCGAUUGUCCCUAGUCAAUCUGGCGACAAGCGCUUCCAUAUAGGCGAGUCCAUCAAGGUCAACUGGCAAGCUCCUGCCCGGCACUCUCGUCGUGACUGGAUCGGAUUAUAUAAAGUCGGUGCCAACAAGUCUACGUUGGUAACGAAGAUAUCGUCCGUCGGGUUGUGGGUUCCCGUUCAUGACGAAGAAUGGAAUCAAGACACGCCUGUCGAUGACACCAACUGCGUUACCACUCGGGGAAAGGAGCCAGAGCUUGGUACCGUCUCUUUUGAAGGUUCCACGCUUCCAUGGACCAUUGGUCAAUAUGAGGUCCGUUACCAUCACGAUGGCAAAUACAAUGUGUUAAGUCUUGACGGACCGUGCGAUGUGUAUGUGAGCAAACCGUCGUCGCUCGAUCUUACCUCCGUUCGGGAGUGCUUGGCUCGCAUCGUCCCUCUCUGCCUGGACUCUGAUCCCGACCUGAUUCCUCUCUCUUGCGGAGGCACUCGGGAAUCUGCUGACGCAGACUCUGCUGUUGCUCGUGAUGCGGACGAUUUCAGCUUCUGGUCUGAGCGGCAGGCCAAACGUAUAUGCUCUGUCAUUAAGCAAGCAUUCGGGGUCGAAUAUAUGCCAGAAGUGGUGAUGGCUGAUGCUAAUUUGACUGCGCUUGCCAAUCGGAUAUUGGUCUCAAAGCAAAUGCUGGUUCUGUAGCCCUUGAUUCAUCACAUUUUUUCAUUCUCUCAGUCUGGAUUACAUACCCAUGCAUCAUGAUGUCUUUCUUUACGUAACGACUGGUUUAUUGCAAUGUGACUCGCCUGAUAUUUGCCCUCAC